AUGUAUAAACCCUUCAAGUUGUUGUUGCGUUGCGAGGACAUCGAGUUGAUGAAACUGGCAUGCAAUCAUAUCACAUUCAAUCAUAAUGAUGUACAUGAUUAUUGCGAGGAUGUAUUCCGUCCAUUGGUCGACGAGCAAGAUGAUGUACUCUAUGGCGCCAAGAACAAACAACCUACCGAUUCUGCCAAGUUGGAGCACUCACUCAACUUCCUCAUUCAAGUGUACCAGCUCUAUGGCAAGAUUAAAAAACCGCCAUCCAACGAGUCAUUACAAGCAUACAAGUCAGUACUCAAUGUGGGCAUGAUAUUCCUCAAGGUCUUUGCCUUCCUCUCGGCUACACCAAGAACGAUUGAUAAGCCACCUCUACUGCCGGUAUCAUUCGUCAGGAAGGGCAUCUUUUUGAAUGUGCGCCAGUCAUACCAACAAUCACAUUUGGAGUCAUUCAUUCGAUACUUCCUCUCGUUGGACAAGAAGAGACCUGGUCUGCUGCUUGGACUGGCAACCAUCUGUACAUUUGGCACAUUGGACAUGGUCAAGAUUGCUCAUCAGAUCGUUUCAAAAGAAGGAGGUCUGCCUCUUGGACAUGAUAUUAGGCUCCAAAGUGUGAGCCCCAGGUCAUUGGACAUCAUGGAGUACAUCCAACUUCACAACCUGUACCCAAUGGAGACCAUCGAGAUACUCACUCAUGUUGCCUUGAUGGCCGACCCCAACAUGCUCAAGUCAUUCCUUGUAACAUACCCUGAUGCACUGUUCGGACAGACAAACCCAGAUGACGAAGAAUAUCUGAACGUUGAUAUCAUAUCCAAGAGAAUGAUGAGGCAUGAUAUGGACACACACAAUGCCAUUCGAUCAAUCUUGUUGGCCGAGUGUGAGCGAUUACGUUGUUUGGAAGAUGAUGAGAGUGAUUGUCUUAUUCUUCGAGUGGAUGAGAUGACCGUUCAAUCAUACUCCAACAGUAUUCUGAGGGAAUCGACAUUCGAACUACCUUUUGAGUUGGAUGUUGAUCCGGCCGUGGUAAACUAUCUUCUCACUCAAGCACCGAUUGGAGACUUCGGAACGGAGUUGACCUCUACAAUCCUGGAGGCAGCUUGCCGACUUGGAAUGACAGAGGGUGUUCACUUGAUCGAGUUGCCCAAUCAAGUGUUUGUCAAUGUCCGAUCCAACCCUUCAUGCAUGACCAGACUACUCUUGGCAGCACUCCAACGCGGUCAUCUCACAAUCUGUCAGUAUCUCAUUGAUCGUGGCGAACGAUUCGACUGGUCAUGGGCCGGCAAUAUCUCCUCUGUUGAUGCGAUUAUUGAAAUGCAAAGACCAACAAACAAUGAUAAAGAGGCUAUAUUCUACGAGGCAUGUAACAAUAGCAACACCUCGAUGGCAAUGAACCUAUAUUCAAGAAGGUCUCAGGAUAUGGUGCUCUGUCGAAAGAAGUUGGCCGACUAUGCCAAACAAAGUAUCACUCGAUGGGCCGACCCUGUCUACUUUGUGGCCUACAUUGCAGGACUGAUCGUCAAAUGUCCACCAACAACCAACAACAAUGGUGCGUUGUACAACCAUCAACUUUCCAAGAAUUCAUUCAUUCUUUUGUUUGUUUCAGUGUUUGUUAUUGAUGGUGACGAUGGCUUGUCACAUGCACUUAAGGCGUUACUCCCAAAGUGUGACUGUCGAGGCUCGUGCAACAACAACAAUAGCAGUGAGGACAAGCAGAGGCAUGACAAUUUCAUUGCUCAUGUAUUGUUCAACAGGACAUUGUUGAAUAUGAUUGUUAAAGUUGGCAAGAUACCAUAUAGUAAGACAUACAAAUACAAUGAGCUCGAAGAUGCCAUGAUUAUGUUGCGCAACAAACAAUUUCACUAUGUGUUUGUGGAGCGUCUGAUGCGAGAUCACAAGAUGCAUUGGACACAGAAUAGUUUGGAGAAGCUCAUCGAGUUGAUGCCCAUUGCAGUAUUCAAACAUGUCCACAACGCAUACAGAUACACAAUGCUCUAUCAUCAUCAGCGAAUGAUGCAGCUCGCGUCCCGAUACGGACGACUCGAUGUUUACAGGUUACUUGAGAAGCAGGCAGACGACAACAAAGACAUACACUAUCAUUUGUUUGAGAAUGAUUUCCAAGGCGAUAAUCGAUAUGACCAUCUCAAGACUGCACUGUCAUUGGGCCGGCGUGAGAUGUUUGAAUACCUUUUACCACUCGAGAAUGAACGCUCAUUCACAGCUGGCAUGCCAUUUAUAAGUCAACUUCUGAAUAGACCCUUCAAGGUAUUGUUGCGUUGCCAGGACAUUGAGUUGGUGAAACAGGCAGUCGAUCAUAAUCAUAUCGAAUUCAAUCAUGAUGAUGUCCAUGAUUAUUGCGAGGAUGUAUUCCGUCCAUUGAUCGGCGAACAAGAUGUACUUUAUGGCCCCAAGAACAACCUAUCACCUACGCAACCAGCUAAGUUGGAGCAAUCACUCAACUUCCUCAUUCAAGUGUACCAGCUCUACGGCAAGGAUGUUCCACCAUCCAACGAGUCAUUCCAAUCAUGCAAGUGGGUGCUCAAUGAUGUGGGAGUGAUAUUCCUCAAGGUAUUUGCCAUCCUCUCGGUCACACAGAGAUCGAGAAAUCAGCAACCUCUUCUACCGGUAUCAUAUGUCAGGAAGGGCAUCUUUUUGAAUGUGCGCGAGUCAUACCAUCGAUCACAAUUGGAGUCAUUCGUUCUAUACUUCCUCACCUUGGACAAGAGUAGACGUGGUCUGUUGCUUGGAUUGGCAACCAUUUGUACCUUUGGCACCCUGGACAUGGUCGAAUUAUCUCAUCAGAUCGUAUCAAAUGCUCGUUACAAAGGUGUACCUCUUGGGAAUUAUAUUAGGCUCCAAAGUGUUAAGCCCAGGUCAAUGGACAUCAUUCAGUACGUCCAAAUUCACCACCUUUACCCAAUGGACACCUAUGAGAUGCUCCAACAUGUUGCCUCGAUUGCCGACCCACUCAUGCUCAGGACCUUCAUCGAAACAUACCCCGAUGCAUUGACCAGACACCAUAUAGACAUUGGAUACAUUUCUUCAUAUUUGUAUUAUCAUGACAUUGACACACACAAUGCCAUUCGAUCAAUCUUGUUUGCCGAGUGUGAGAGACUAGGAAUCCUGGAGAAUUCCAAAUUUAUCUAUAUUCAAUCCACGCCAUGA